AUGAAUGCAUACGUCUGUCUAUCGGACCAUGAAUUGAGCAGGUCUACUCAACUCAAUGAUGAGAUGCAAGCAAAUAACAGUAUUGCUGAGACUACGGAUACCACCGAAACAACAACAACUGAUAAUAAUAAUAAUGACAGCAAUACAACACCAGCUAUAACCGAUCUCUUCUCCUUAUUUUUCGUAGAAGUCAGUCAAUUAAUUCAUACACGUAUAGUCCCAUGUGAAUUUGUCGAUGACAAUAUGCAAAUGUUGUUGAAAAAUUGGCGUAUAUGUUAA